AUGUUUUCCCUUUCUCUAUUGCUUAAUACUGUCACUAGUUCUACUUGUGUAUUCCAGAUUUUCUUCCUUUUUUACUUUCUCUUUGCAGAUAAUCCCCCCUCAUUCAUUUGCUUUCUUCUAAUUAAAUGCUUCUCCUUCAUUUUAUUCUAUUCUCUCUCGCGCCAACUCUCCUGUUCUUAUCUAUCUAUCUAUCUAUCUAUCUAUCUAUCUAUCUAUCUAUCUAUCUAUCUAAGCCUGUUCGUAUCUAUCUAUCUAUCUAUCUAUCUAUCUAUCUAUCUAUCUAUCUAUCUAAGCCUGUUCGUAUCUAUCUAUCUAUCUAUCUAUCUAUCUAUCUAUUUAAGCCUGUUCGUAUCUAUCUAUCUAUCUAUCUAUCUAUCUAUCUAUCUAUCUAUCUAUCUAUGUAAGCCUGUUCGUAUCUAUCUAUCUAUGCCUGUUCGUAUUUAUCUAUCUAAGCCCGAUGCUAGCUCGUUCAUUCCAAUCUUGCCUUUGCCAGAUUGUCCAGAUCUAUUUAUCUAUCUAUCAAAAAAGGCCACAUUUGAUGGUCACUGGUUUUGA